GAAACGAAAACCCUAAUCCCUACCAAUAUACUCUUCAUCAUGCCUUCUCUUAAUAUCGAAUCCAUCGGAGCAAAGAAACGUCGAUGCUUCAACCGAAAGACGGCAAGGAGAAGUAUGAGAAGAAGAUUGUUAGGGUUGAGAAAACAGAAGGAAGAGCUAAGCAAAGAGAGAGAAACCAUCGAAGAAGUGCGAAGGCGAGUUCGGGAGAAAAUGGAAGCCGUAGAAGAAGAGUGCGAACAAAUAACCGAAGAAACGAACGAAAUAAUCCGGCAGACUGCAAUGACUCAAAUCCGGUUGGCUCUGAUGUUCAACAUCCUCAGGGCACGACAAGAUGGCGAUGUUGCUGAGGCAUCCCACUUAACUCAGUUGCUUCGUAAAAUAACAGUGAGGGCAUGACGUGAAAGAGUUGUUUAUCCAAAACUUUAGUUUGUAAUUUCAAGAAGUUAUUGUGAUAUUUUUAAAGCUUU